AUGUUUCAAUUUUCAAUCGUACACAAUGUACAACAACAUCAUCAUCACGGUUUUUGUAAUGUUGUUGGUACAACACUUUGUGUUGAAAAUCAUUUAUUAGGAAUUGCAACAGGUGCCAAUACUAUUAUGCGUACAGUUGAGGAAAUUGAAAAUCAUAUUAGAACUAUCGAAAAAGAAAAUAAUGAAUUCGAAAAACAUAUUGAAAAUGUAAUGAAACAAAUUAGAGUUCAUCUACCUACGCAUCAUUAUUCAGAUAAAUUUGUAAAUCAGAAUAAUAUUAAUCAAAUUGAAUUAAUCCGUUUAUUUCAAGAACAUUAUAAUGCUAUGAUCUUCUAUAAUAAUUCCAUCAAUAUUAUUCUCAAUCUCAAUCAUUUAUUUCGACAUAAGAUUACGAAUUUAUUUAAAAUAAUUCCUUCAAUUUUGAAUGAUGAUGUUAUCUGUAAUUAUCAACUUGUUUUACGUAUUUAUUCAAAUAAUCAAUAUUUUUCCUAUCAAAUUGAUAAAGAUCCAUUCAAAGAAAUCUCAUUGGAAACAGCACCAUCAGUUAGGCAUAAUGUUUAUUCAAUAAUUAUUGCACAAGAAUUAAAAAAUUGGAUGAAUCGAACUGAAAAUCUUAUUACGAAUCUCAAAUGGAAACUCUUUUAA